AUGUCUGAGGAUUGGGAUUCCGCCACCAAGAUCGGUAGCCGCGUCCGCGGCCCUGGUGCUUCCGCUCGCGAGACUGUCGUCCGUGGCAACGCUGCCCUCAACGCUGCCCAGCGAUCUGGCGCCGCCAUCAGCACCGAGAAGAAGUAUUCUUCCGCCAACUCGGUUGGCGGCGGCGAAGGCCAGCGACUCACCAAGGUCGACCGCUCCGAUGACAUUGUCAAGCCGAACACCAUUGGCAAGGCCGUCGGCGACGUCAUCUCCCAAACCCGCCAGAAGAUGGAGCCCAAGAUGACCCAAAAGGACCUCGCCACCAAGUGCAACACCACCCAGACCAUUGUCGCCGACUUUGAGCGCGGCACUGCCGCCCCCGACCAAAAGGUUCUCGCCAACAUGGAGCGUAUCCUCAACGUCAAGCUGCGUGGCAGCGACAUUGGCGCUCCCAAGUUUGCCAAGAAGAAAUAA